AAGUAUGACAAAAUUGGACGCAAUAAUACUAUUCGUAAAGCCCUCACCAUUACGCCUCGAAAAAUUUAUGUUACUCCCAUUGACCAGGACGCGCUCCAGAAACCAGAUCUGUACUUGGCUAAUGUACCUUUGGUUGAAACCACCAGGAUAUCCGAAGCGGAGUACGCGUCUAGCGUGUUCACACCGGAGCAAUGGCUCGAUGCGCUCCCCAACUUCAUGCAUAGAAACAUGAUGAUUCGGACAAAGAACAUCGUGUUCCGGUCCAUACUAGAACGCAAAUAAGGUCACCAAUGUGGGAUAUGAUGCUCAACCACAAUAAGGAAGCUAGAUGUUAGUGCUUCCUUCCGAGCGGGUGUUAUGCUCGGGGACCAAGGUCCAAUUUACACCAUCUUGGUUUGUCUAUAUAUACUUGGCAGGAUCUAAAACUCCGUCACCGCGAUGCAGGUUUGUAUGAGCGGCGGAGUGUGCCAUAGUGAAGUAGUGACAGCGCCAUCUGUUGGUGUCACUAGUUUGUAGUGGCGUCGCCACAUUCCAUUAUGUAAGACGAAAUGAAUUUUUAUUUUUGUUAGAAAAUGUAACUUUGUAAAAUCAUUAUAAAACACAUACUCAAAUUUGGUGAACUUGUUCAGUGUACCGUAUAGAUGCCCCCAUUAAAAGGAAUGUAGCUAGUUUAGAAGGACCCUGUAUAAACUUAUUACUUUUUUCCUCAUGAACGCGUAGAGCUAUCAAGUUGAAAUUCAUAUCAAAUACUAUAAAAUAAAGGAUUACUUAAACGAUAAAGAGAUCUUUGUCUUAAAUUUAUGCUCCUCCAUCUUUCCCCAUUGUAAUGUUAUGAAUUUCAUUUUGCAAUAAAAAUACCAUAGUUAUGACUCGAUUGUCGUAAUGAACGAACUUUGUAAACCUUGCAGGUUUGUACGGAACCCUCGGUGCGCGAGUCCGACUCGCACUUGGCCGGUUUUUUUAUUUGUUCCUUUGUAUUUAUAUUACGGUCAAAGUGAUAAAUGUGAAAAUUAUGAAUAAUCGCCGGUUAUUAUGAAUAAUCACCGCAUGAUUUGGUAAAUGUGAUUAAUAUGAGGUCAUUUAUGUGUGUAUAAAACUAAAUAGGCGGCUUAGGGGUGACCCAAGGGCCACCCCCGCCGCACCUUAACCUAUUUUUCACUUUAAAUCAAAACAUUAUGUUAUACGCAUCAUGGAAAAGUAAUAUUAUGCAAAAAACAUUCCAAACUCAUUAUGCCAAAUUAUAUUAAUAUAUGAUAUUAAAACGUUCAAAAGUUUGGCUGUACACGAGCACGUACACAAGAUGUUGUUCUCUUUUAUGAAAUUUGUCAGUACUAUGGUUGAAUUAUUAAAUAAUCACUGUUAAAUGUGAUUAAUUUAUCACUUUUACCGCGACUGUCGGUAAUUAUUCAUAAUAACCGGUUAUUAUUAAUAAUUUUCAAUUUAUCACAUUAACCGUAACAUUUACACAACUACCUAUCUGGAUGCCAAAUUUGAACCUUCAAGGUAAUCUGGAAGUGGUUAGAAUUUGGUCUAUAGGUCAGACAUGUAUGUCAAUACCUAAAGAACCGUUUGAGGUUUAAUUAUGAAAUUUGAAGCUGAUGUUUAUCUUGCAAGUCUCAACACAUGAGCCAAAUUUGAAGUGUUAAUGCACAGUAGUUUUUGAGUGAUGAGGAGUCAAAAGUGGCUCCAAGUGGUUCGUCUAAAUAUACGCACGGUGCAGUCUCCUCUCUGGAACUAGGCUUAACAUGCUCCCGCAUGUCUAGAAUGUUUACUCAAUGUUGAUUUAGUCGGUUUUCUCCUGAUGGGAACACGUAAGACAAAAAUAAUAUUUUAAAUAUUACAGACCUAGAGCUGAUGCCGCGAAAACUAUACAAGAUAUAGAAGAACUUGACUAUCUCACCUGUAGCAAAUUGAAUAAGCUUUUUUGAGUUCAUAGGUAGUAGUUAUGUCACUAGAACAGUCAUAGUUUCUGAGGAUUAAGCGAAAAACUGAAAAGUGGUACCUUUAAACACCCCUCGGCUGAACCAUUUAAGAACCUAGUAAGGGACACUUUUUCAGAUUUUCGUUUUUUGUCAUAAAUCACCUUAGAAUUAAGGUCUCCACAGGAUGUGAAGACAGAAAUCGCUCUAUUACACUUAACACCGGAGAUACGCGUUGCUAAAAACCUAGUAAGUCCAAUUCAAAUCUGCAAAAACCAUUAUCAAAACCUAGCAAGUUACAAUGACCAUUUAAAACCUAGUAAGUGCAUGGACUUACUAGGUUUCAAAAUGGUCAAUGUGACUUACUAGAGGUAAAAUGCUACUGUAAUUUAAAUAUUAUUUCGAGUUCUGUUGGCUGACACUCGAUAACCAUAUCAAAAUCUGGGGACUACAUGAGUACUGAUUCAUAUUCGAUUUUGAUUGUGAUUUUUACGAGGCACUUUUGUCAAAAAAAUAAUUUUUAGUGUUAGUAAAGAGCAUAAAACUUGCAAUUUUUAACUAAAUAUAUUCUUUUAUUCCAUAAAGUAUACUUUAGUAACUAAUCUUUAAUAUAAACAUCGGAAGUUAUCCAAAUCUUUAAGCAUCUUAGCAGGGCAAAUGAAAAUGCGUUUUUUCGCUCUCCUGUAAAAUUUGCUCCGCUGCACUUACUAGGUUCUUAAAUGGUUCAGCCGCCCUCUCCCUGCCGGCUCAAGGGCUAAGGGCGGGGACUUUUGCUAUGUUCACCUCCUACCUAACUAGUCUAAAUAAAGUCCCGAAGUAAUAACUGCGAUUUUAAUUAAAUUUUGGCUGAGAAGAUUAUUUACUUCUAAUAAGAAGUGUGUAGUUGAUUCAAAAUGUAGGAAAUAAAAGUUUUAAACAAAUACUAUCCCCCAGACUUCGAUCCUUCCAAAAUCCCGCGCAUAAAAUUGGCGAAAAACCGCCAACCAAUACACCGUGCGUUUGAUGGCCCCAUUCAACAUGCGCUGCGCGACGUGUGGCGAGUACAUCUACAAAGGAAAGAAGUUCAACGCCCGUAAAGAGGAUGUAGAGAUUGAGGACUAUCUUGGGAUAAGAAUUUACAGUGCACACGGUGCCUUCAAGAUAUCAUUCAAGACAGAUCCUAAGAACACGGACUACGAGAUAGAAGCGGGGGCCACGAGGCACUUCCGGGCUCUGAAACUGGCGGAGGAGCAGACCAAGCGGGAAGAAGAGGAACAAAAGGAGGAGGAAGCCAACAAUCCUAUGAAGUUAUUAGAGUAUAGAACCGAACAAUCAACACAAGAAAUUGAACUGUUGGAGAGUCUUGAAGAAUGAGGCAUGCUCAAGCAUUACCAGCCUGAACCUGAAGCUGUUGAAAACAC